AAGGAAUAUUGGAAAUGGAGAAAUGGGGAGGGGAGAUCAAAUCAGAGGAGUUGUGGGGUCACUUAGUCAAUGCCCUUCUCCUCCUUUUGCUUUCCAGUUUCAACUUUGAAAGUUUUCUCUUUCAGGACUCAUCAGUAAUGCAGUAUGCUUUGGUAGGUAGGCAAAAAUAAAACUGCGUGUUUUUGCCACCUUUCAACAACCACUCAAGAGUCAAGACCGCCUGCAACAAUGCAUGGUAGGAACUUGACCACUAGCAUUAUAGUGUAUAUAUACAUAUCUAUGUAUAUAUAUAUAUAUAUGUAUAAAAUUAAACUAAUGGAUAAAGAUCCCUCCUUGUUUUUUUCAGCUUAACAUGGUCGUUAUGCUUUGCUAAUUGCUACUCUACUGCGCCCCAACUCCUUUCUUCAUACUUCAUACCCAUUACCCACUCCCACCGCCAUUGCUUCUGGCCUCCAAAAACCCCAUUUUGCUUCCAUCUCAUCGGCAAAAGGAGGAGGAAGUGAGCUAGGAAACUCCUUCGCCAACUACCUACCAUUUGAUUUGGGUAUGUUUGCAUCUCUUUCUUUUCUCCUCUUUUUCUUUUCUUGCUUGUUUGGGUCGUAUUUUUGUUUAUCCUGCAAAAAGUUCUAAACUUUAUGCAGAAUUAUCUGUGUUCUUGUAUCCUACUAAAUUUCUUUUUGAUUGUUGAAUUUCGCCGCCUCUGCCUCCUCUGCCCCUAGCUUCUUGUUCUUUUGCUUUGCUCUCUUCCCUCCAAUUUUCAUUGACAUGGUAGUGAUGGUGGGUAUGCCUGUCAACAUCUUCUUCUUCUUCCAUUUAUUACUGUGCUUCUCUGCAUCCAGUGUUGUUGCUGUGUCUUCCUCGUUGAAUUCAGAUGGGAAAACUCUGUUGUCCCUGCUCAGUCAUUGGAGCGUGGUUCCCAUUUCCCUCCAAUCCACCUGGAAUGCUUCUCAUUCUAACCCUUGCUCCUGGCCUGGUGUUCAAUGUGACAACACCACAUCUUUCGUGGUUGUUUUGGACCUCUCUAACUAUGGCAUUUCUGGUCAAUUGGGUCCUGAGAUUGGUAACUUGACACACUUGACUAACCUUUUAUUACCCAACAAUAGUUUCUUUGGUCCUCUUCCUCCUCAACUAGGAAACUGUCAUCUUCUUUUAGAAUUGGAUCUUUCCACCAAUAGCUUCACCGGUCCAUUGCCUCUGAGCAUUGGCAACUUGCAGAAUUUGCAAUACUUGGCGUUACAUGAGAAUCAUUUUAAUGGUACCAUUCCGGAAUCCUUGUUUUGGAUCCCUAAUCUCCAAACCAUCUACCUCCAGAGUAACAGACUGACUGGCGCCAUCCCCUCAAAUGUUGGUAACCUAACUGCAGUUGUGUAUCUCUGGUUGUAUGAUAAUCAGUUGUCGGGGAUCAUUCCUCCUUCCAUAGGAAACUGUACUUCCUUGGAAGACCUUUACUUGAACAGCAACCGUUUGGUUGGAUCACUUCCUGAGAGUUUCGAUAAGCUUGAGCACCUGGCUUACUUUGAUGUUAGCAGCAACAUGUUGGAGGGAAGUAUCCCUUUUGUUUCCGGACACUGCAAAAAGAUGAAUACCUUGGUUUUGUCCGACAACCGGUUCAGUGGAAGUGUUCCAUCUGCAUUGGGGAAUUGCAGCAGUUUAACAACAUUUUCUGCGAUUAAUUGUGCUUUGACUGGCCCCAUUCCUUCCUCUUUCGGCCAGCUAAGUAAGCUGCAAAGCCUUUAUCUGUCUAACAACCAUUUGUCAGGAAAUAUCCCCCGAGAGCUGGGACAAUGCAAGUUCUUGGAAGAUCUAAGAAUCGAUACAAAUGAACUUGAAGGCCAAAUCCCGGAUGAGCUAGGGAUGCUUGGCAAGCUGAAGGACCUUUUUCUCUUUACUAAUCAUUUGAGUGGCGAAAUCCCGGGGAGCAUAUGGAAGAUUCACGGCCUUGAGAAUCUGCAGGUUUAUCAAAACAAUCUUUCUGGAGGACUUCCUGUGGAGAUCACACAACUAAAGCAUUUAAGGAAUGUAUCUUUGUACGAAAACAAAUUCACAGGAAUUUUGCCCCAAGGUUUGGGAGUCGACAGCAGUUUAGAAGUAGUGGAUUUCACUGAUAACCAGUUCACAGGAGAAAUUCCUCCCAAUCUUUGCCUUGGAAAUCAGUUGAGGAUUCUGAACUUGGGACAGAACAAUUUUCAAGGUGGCAUUCCUCCUAGUGUUGGUGGUUGUUCUAAUCUCACAAGACUGAUUCUGAAACGGAAUCAACUGACGGGUGCCAUUCCUGACUUUGUAGAAAACUCCCACCUUAGUUUCAUGGAUCUUAGUGGUAAUAACUUCACUGGUGCAUUGCCUUCAAGUCUUGGCAGCCUCGUGAAUAUUGCCUUCGUUGACUUCUCAAUGAAUAGGCUAUCAGGCCCUAUACCUUCCGAGAUGGGAAGCCUUAUGCAACUUCAGAAGUUAAACUUAUCUCAUAACAAUUUGGAAGGCGAGCUGCCACCGCAGCUAGCUAACUGCAACAAACUAUCGCUGCUUGAUGUCAGCAAGAACUCAUUGAGGGGCUCAAUCCCGGAUAGUUUAAGCAGGUUGACAGAGUUGACCACCUUGGAUCUAAGUGAUAACAGUUUGUCGGGUGGUAUCCCAGCAUUUUUGUUUGAGCUGUACAAGCUCUCAAAUCUGCAGCUUGGAGGAAAUUUCAUUGGUGGGGGUAUUCCAUCAUCAAUUGGUACAGCAACCGGCGUUGAACAGAGUUUGAGGUCAUUGAAUCUUAGCAGGAACAGAUUGACCGGCCAAGUUCCUGCAGAUUUUGGAAGGUUAACUAUGCUGGAGAUGCUUGAUUUGUCUUCCAACCAUCUAUCCGGAAGCUUAAGAGCCCUUGGUGACAUCCAUUCAUUGGUGUUCAUCAAUGUUUCCAAGAAUCUUUUUUCCGGUCCAAUCCCAGAAACAUUGCUGAAGUUCCUCAACUCAUCUUCUAAUUCAUUGGAUCAAAAUGCAGGUCUUUGCGUGGAUUGUUUUAGUAUUCUUGACUCUAAUCAUUGCAGAGAAGUGAUAGCUCAGGUGAGCUUGAGGCCUUGCACUCUUCAAUCUAACAACAAGAAAAGAGGUCGACUCAACAAAGUAGAAAUCACUAUGAUAGCACUCGGUUCGUUGUUGCUUUUAGCUCUUGCACUUUCUGCCCCCGCCUUCGUGUAUCUCUGGGGGCGGGCAGAUUUGAAACGAGAACAGAACUCAAUUGCUGCUAAAGAGGGUGGAUCUUCCUUGCUCAAUGCAAUAAUGGCAGCCACAGAAAACCUGAAUGACAAGUUCAUCAUUGGGCAGGGCGCCCAUGGAGUGGUAUACAAGGCUGCGUUACUGAACUCGAACAAAGUGUAUGCUGUGAAGAAAAUUGUCUCUCCUGGGCUGCUUAAGAAUGUGAACAAAAGUAUGAUCCGCGAAAUUCAGACAAUCGGGACAGUAAGGCACCGGAAUCUCGUCAAACUCGAGGGAUUCUGGUUCAGAAAAGACUACGGCUUGAUUCUGUAUAACUUCAUGAAGAACGGGAGCCUCCAUGAUGCUCUUCAUGGUGAUCCACCGAGGUCCUUAGAGUGGAAAAUUCGGUACAAGAUUGCGCUUGGCACUGCCCAAGGAUUAUCAUAUCUGCAUUUUGACUGUGAACCUGCAAUUGUGCAUCGGGACAUAAAGCCAACUAAUAUUUUACUGGACUCUGAUAUGGAACCUCAUAUAUCAGAUUUUGGCAUUGCCAAACUUCUUGAAGGUUCCUCAUCUACUGGUUCAUUAUCAUCCAGCACGGUACCUGGAACUAUCGGAUACAUUGCCCCAGAAAAUGCAUUUACAACGAGGAGAAGCAGGGAGUCAGAUGUGUACAGCUACGGGGUUGUUCUGUUGGAGCUGAUAACACGAAAGAAGCCGUCAGAUUCAUCAUUGGCUAACAGGGAGCAGGACAUUGUGAGCUGGGUUCAAUCUGUUUGGAAUGAAACAGGUGGAGAAGUCAAGUACAUUGUGGAUGAAAGCCUGGUGGAUGAACUGAUCGAUUCAAGUGUGAUGGAGCAGGUAAGUAAAGUGGUUGAAGCGGCUCUGAGAUGCACAGACAAGGAAUGGAGCAAAAGGCCCUCCAUGCGAGAGGUGGAGAAGCUGUUGAUGGCAUCCUGGGGGGACAGUGGAAGUAGCAAAUCGAAAAGCUAUUAUUGAUUGCCUUCUCCUCCAGUAGGUAGGCGGAGGAAACAGCAAAUCUAAGUAGAUGGUGUGGCAUUGUUGUCAUCACUUGUUUCCUUAAGAAUAGUUUGACAUGUAAAUAUACAUAUAUUUAUAAAUCACUUGGGGAGGUUUAAUGGUUUUCUUUGUAUCUGACUACAAAUCACUACUUUACUUUAAAUGAUCCCUCCUAGCAAUGAGCACAAACAUUCUAUUGCUCAUUACAUUUUCUUCUCUUCUUUAACUUAGGCCUUACUUAUACUCACUCUGUCUCGAAAUUAUUGUUCAGUUUGAAUUUUCACUUUUGGUUCAAUUUGUAUUAAAACUAAAAAUUCAAACCUGGAUUUCACUCUCUCUGUUCCGAAAUUAUUUUUCAG